AUGCCUCAUCUGGAGGCAGGGAUUCCCAUGAUAGGGCCAGCCCUCCAGGACUUUCCACUCCCAUCAGCGCACCGCCACUCCAGAGUUUCCGCGGAGGUCAUUCAGGUUGCCAGGGCCAGCCACAACGUUCACAGGGGUGUUAUGAGUGUGUUGCUCUUAGAUAUGGUUGACUUUGAUAUCAUUCUGGGUAUGGAUUGGUUAUCACCCUAUCACGCUAUCUUGGACUGUCAUUCUACCCGUAGUGUCAUAUCGUACGUGAAGGCUCGACGUAUGGUCGAGAAGGGGUGUCUGGCCUAUUUGGCCUAUGUUCGUGAUUCUAGUGCUGAGGUCCCUCCCAUAGAUUCUGUGCCUAUUGUCCGGGAGUUUCCCGAUGUUUUUCCUUCGGACCUGCCGGGUAUGCCACCCGAUAGAGAUAUCAAUUUCUGUAUUGAUUUGGCUCCAGGCACCCAGCCCAUUUCUAUUCCGCCAUAUCGUAUGGCCCCGCCGGAGCUGAAGGAGUUAAAGGACCAAUUGCAGGAUCUGUUAGAUAAGGGUUUCAUUAGACCCAGUGUUUCGCCUUGGGUAUCAGCUGAGGGUAUUCAGGUGGACCCGAAGAAGAUAGAGGCAGUCAAGAACUUGCCUAGACCAGCAUCAGCUACGGAGAUUCAGAGUUUCUUGGGGUUAGCAGGCUACAACCGUCGGUUUGUGGAGGGGUUUUCAUCUAUUGCAGCCCCGAUGACCAGGUUGACCCAGAAGGGUGCCCAGUUCAGAUGGCCGGAGGAGUGUGAGGCGAGCUUUCAGAAGCUCAAGACAGCCCUGGCUAUAGCCUUCUUCCUCAUCUAUUGCUGCUUCGGAGGAGAUUCUCGAAGACGUUGCUCUGAAGAUCGAAAUGGGAUCCCCAAGGAAAUGGUUCUCGCAGAUGUUGCUCCCGAGGAUGUACCCCGGAGAGUAGAUUAG